CCAAACAUGAAUUACUGCGGUCUUACCUUUUUCAGCGCCGGUGGAAGAGGAAUCUUGACGUCUAAGGUAGGAAGGUAGGAGACGUUAGGUGAGCUGCCGCUGCCAAUUUUAGGUAAUUUUGACCACAAAAGCGAUGCAAAGCCCGCCCCCUCUCUCUCCAACGCAAUCGCAACGGCAGCGUUUAGACCAACCACCUAGGGUUUCACAGAUGGAAAUUCAACCGCCGCUGCCCUCCGACGACACCUCCACCGUCUGGGAAUGGGGAGAUCUCUUCGAUUUCACCGUCGACGAUGACUUGUCGAUCUCGUGGGGCUCCGCCGAGUAUCCGGACCCCGAAGUCGGCCCGGCCCCGGAGCACCUGCUGGAGGAUCCGAAUUCCAAUUCGAGUCGGAUAAGGAAGCGGGACCCGAGGCUGGCUUGCCCCAACUUCUUGGCGGGUCAUAUCCCCUGUGCGUGCCCCGAGAUCGACGCGAAGAUGAUGGAGCUGGAGGAGGAGGAAGCCGGGCACGGGAAGAAGCGGGUCAAGACGGGUCGGGCCCCGAACGGAACGGCCCGGUGUCAGGUCCCGUCUUGCGGCGUCGAUAUCAAGGAGCUGAAGGGGUAUCAUCGGAGGCACAGAGUGUGCCUUGCCUGUGCAAAUGCCAGCACUGUCGAUAUCGACGGUGAGAGCAAGCGCUAUUGUCAGCAGUGUGGCAAGUUCCAUGUCUUAUCAGACUUUGAUGAAGGUAAGCGGAGCUGUCGAAGAAAAUUAGAGCGUCAUAAUAAUAGACGGCGAAGGAAACCUAGUGCUUCUAAAGGAGCGAGUGGAAAGGAAUCACAAAAGGAAAAUCAAACUGAAGAGACCAAUUUUGAUGGUGGAGCAACAGAAGAUUGUUUACAGUUAAGCAGUCAGUUAAAUGAGAAGGAAGAAUUGCUGGAGUCUCAAGGUGGGCAAACUCCUAUCCUCUGUUCAGUGCCUGAAUCCCAGAAUAUCCGUAGUGACAGCGGUGUAUCAUUUAUGGCUUCUGGUGAAACCCAAAUGGAUGCAAGAAAACAUGAUUCUAACAACUCCCUUUCUCCGUCAAAUUGUGACAACAAAAGCUACUCUUCUAUGUGUCCAACAGGUCGUAUAUCAUUCAAGCUCUAUGAUUGGAAUCCAGCAGAAUUUCCUAGAAGACUUCGGCACCAAAUAUUCGAAUGGUUAGCCAGUAUGCCGGUUGAGUUGGAGGGAUAUAUCCGCCCCGGAUGUACUAUCUUGACUAUUUUUAUUGCAAUGCCUAAUUUUAUGUGGAUGAAGUUGCUUGAAGAUCCUGUAUCAUAUCUACAUGAAUUUGUUAUUGUACCUGGGAAAAUGCUAUCCGGGAGAAGCAAUAUUCUGAUUUAUCUAAACGACAUGAUUUUCCGUGUUGUAAAAGACGGGACUUCUGUAAAAAAAACGAAAGUGGAGGUGCGGGCCCCAAGGCUUCAUUACGUUCAUCCUACAUGUUUUGAGGCUGGCAAGCCCAUGGAGUUUGUUGCCUGUGGAAGUAAUUUAUUACAGCCCAAAUUUCGGUUUCUGGUAUCCUUCUCCGGGAAAUAUCUGGAAUAUGAUUAUUCUCCUCCAUCUUCCCAUAGUCAGAUUGAUGGGGACACUGCUAGUAAUUUAGACCAUCAGUUCUUCCAGAUACAGGUCCCUCAGACUGAAUCAGAUUGUUUUGGUCCUGCAUUUAUUGAGAUUGAGAAUGAAUCUGGCUUGUCCAACUUUAUACCGGUACUCAUUGGGGACAAAGAGGUUUGUGCAGAAAUGAAGACUAUUCAGAAGAGAUUUGAUGAAUCUCUCUCUUUGCAAGGAUUACACUUUUCUUCUAGGGUUUCCCUUUCAAACUCUUGUGAAGCAUCUUCAAUGAGGCACACAGCAUUUUCUGACAUUAUUUUAGAUAUAGCAUGGUUACUAAAAAAACCCUUGUCGGAAAACUUCCAACAGAUCAUGACUGCUUCACAGAUUCAAAGAUUCAACUAUCUAUUGAACUUUUUGAUAUCUAUCAAGUCAACAACCAUAUUGGAUAAAGUUUUACAAAAUCUGAAGACUCUAAUGGUUAACAUGGAGUUAAACAGUGCAAAUAAUGACAGCGUUGACGCAGAUAUGAGGCUAUUACAGAAUUACAUGAAAUAUGCCCGUGAUCUUCUUUGUAAAAAAUUCGAAAGCUCUGGGGUUUCAGUCAGAGAGUCUGGAAGGUUGGUGAAAGAAGAGGAUCUUGUUUCUCAAAGUCAAACCUGCUUUCAGAAUGAUGGAAAAUCGGUUGCUCCAUUCCACUGUGAGGAUACGGAGAUAACUGUAGAUGGUAGGCUGGGUAUAACUGCGGGUUCAACUGCUAAUGAGAGAAGUGAAACUGUUCCGCUGUUGAGUAAAAAAGCAGUUGGUAAAGCCAACUUCAUCAAGGAAUUGCCUAGCGUGGCUAAGUGUUGCACUUCCGGGGAGGUCUUAAGGUCUCGCUCUAGUGGGAUGUUCUUGAGAUUUCGCCCUGCACUUUUUGUAAUUUCUGCUACAGCUAUCUGUGUAGGGUUAUGUGCAGUCCUCAUCCAUCCUCACAAGGUUGGCGAGUUUGCAGUAUCAAUACGCAGAUGUUUAUUCGACAAAUUUUAGAUGUUAAGGCUCUUUUUUUCCCUCUCCCUUCAAUGUAUUUCGCAACCCCUUAAUCUUCUGUUCAUAUAUCUCCGUUGUACACAACUUUCUAACACUAGGUUAAGACAAGCGGCUAAAACGCUUUAUCUUGUCACCGUGUAGUUCUUCCGGGUGUGCUUCUGGGCGAUGUUUACCCACGGCGUUUGAGGUAGUAAGAUUUUUUUUUCUAAAUUUUUGUUGUAAUGUCUGUAGACAGGUUGCCUGUUGUGCUUAGUUAAUAAGAAACCAUGGUUUUCCAAUGGGAUUGCUUCCAAAUUGUAAAAUUGUAAUGAUCUGAAAUAAAGGGCUUUUUAAAUUUUA